AUGCCGCACCCCGUCUGCGGCCGAGUGAAAAUCAACAGGACACCGCCCAGCAAAGCCGGCGAUGGCUGCCCGAGCCGGAGGAGGUGGCUGGCCGGCGGUGCUGGACCGCCCGCAGCCCCGAGUGGCUCCAGGGCUGUGGCCGGAGGGUGUGAUGCCGCAGGCCCUAGCGCCCUCGCCGCUGAACCCGCCUUCACGGCGGGGAAGCAGCAGCAGCAGAAAGAGGAGCUGACAGACGUGACGGCCGAGGAGUGCGGCACAGGUACUGGGCUGUCAGGGAGUAACGCUGCUGGCUUACGGGACGGUCAGUCGAGGUUGGGCCGGGUUCUGAGGAGAGAGGGAGCUGGUAAAAACGGGGGGUCCGGACGGGAAAGCCGCGCCGAGCCCGACGCGUCGGCGCCGCCGAGUGGGGAGAGGGGAGGAGUUGCUGCCGUGCCCGGGAACGGCCGGUCUGACGCCGGCCAGCGCGACGAAGCCGCCGAGGAUGAAGCGCCGAUCGAGAGGGCCGGGGAGCCACGAGCGGCGCGGCCGCGAUUCCGAGUCCGACGCCCCGGGCGCUCUGGGCGCCGGUUUCGCGGGCCGGGUCCGCCGGGCCCUCGGGAGACCAAGGGAGCACAGGGGCGCCUAGGAAGGCGAAUAAGGGAGUCUCCCACGGAGAAGCGUGUGGGCAGGUUGUGCCAGAAAAGGAUGGAAGUUCUCCGUUGUCCUCUGGUUUCCAAAGUCAGCUGCCGAAACAAGCUUGUUGGGUUUCACACUGGACUGAAGAGCCCAAGGAAGAAGAUGCAGGGAAACUCGGCGCCCACUCUGAAAGGUGUUGCUACUAACGUUUCAUCCUGUAAUGGUGGGGAUCCUUCUGAACCAGCUACUGGCUUGUCAGCAGAUGCAGACUGCUCGACUUUGAAAGAGGCGGUUGCCGGAGCUGAGGGACAGUGUGACGAUCUCGAGACAAAUGCUAGCAGGCUCCUGGGGACAGUGGAGGCAGGAUCUGGACAGGAGCUUAUCCCAGCUGCUCCCGGCUCCGAGGCCGGAAGUAAGGAGAGGGAGGAGGCACCCGACGGCGAGAAGCAGCAGCAAGGCCCAGCCAUGCCCAGCGCAGGCAGUGGAGCCACGGAGGACGGCUUCAACAGGUCGAAAUACUGCAAGUUCUUCUUCAGCGCCACCAUGAGCUGUUACCGGAAGCCCUGUCGGUUCCUGCACGUGCCGCUGCAGGGAGACGAGAAGUUUUGCAUGGAAGCUGUUGAGAUGUUCUUGAACACUUGUAAUCCAGAUUAUUUACAACGUGCAGUUGUUGUUUUUACAAGGUACUAUCAGAAUUCUUACCCUGGAGUUUAUUUUAAAUCCGAUGUCUUGCAAGUCCUGCUGUCAACACUGUUGAGGAAAGGUCUCUUUGGAGGUUUAUUUGCUGUGAUACAAGUUACCACAACGUUUGGAAUCUUGCCAUCCACCAGCCUCCUCCUUCAGGUGUAUAAAAAAGUGAAAAGGUUCGGCCACCAGGAGGCAGUACCAUUUCUUUUAGAAGUGACUUCUAAGUGCGUCGAGGCAGGUUUAGAACUCUCUGAGGACAACCUCUCCUUCAUGCAGCGCCAGCUCGAGCUCCUUCAGGCGCCCAGGCAGCACAUAGAUGUUAUUGUGUCCAUGAAAUCCAGGGCGCUGAAGGAAGAAGAGGAAGAAGGAGGGCAGUUUGACAUCGAUGAGGCUAUCGCUGAAUUAGAGCGAUGUAAAGAGCAGGAAGACUGGGCUACGCUGGGAAGUGUCUUCAACAGCGUGUGCGGCACCAGCGGGAGUCUCGCCAAUCUCAACAGAUUCUGUGCUUCUGUUGCUUCUGCACUUUUGAAAGACCUUGAGAGAACUCCACUGGUUCCUUUCUGUAAAUUUGUCGAGACAGUUUGUCAAGAAGGCCGAAUAAAUGAGCUGGGCAGAACUUUGCUUGGAAGAAUUGGAAUUUCUGUGAUGUUUGGGUACCACAAAACACAGCAGUGGACAAAGGGUCGGAAAUUGUUGGAAGCCUUAAACGGAAUGAAGAUCAACUUUUUUACGCUCAAAGGACUCCUGGGGCAUGAGCGCCACGUGUCCCUGUGCCAGGUUGUGAACGUUGCAGCAGAUAUCUACCUCAACACUGGGAGUGUGGAAGGCGCCAUAAACGUAUUGAAAGGUGGUGCUUCUGCUGAUGCAUUCAUGUUUUAACCGUGACUAAUUCU